AUGGCCCUUCCACUUCUCCCCAUCCUCCUCCUCCUCUUAACCUCUCUACUCCUCCUAAAAUAUCACAUUGAUCACCGAAGAAGAACAAGCAAACCCAAACUCCCACCCGGCCCACCCAGGCUUCCCAUUAUAGGAAAUCUCCAUCUUCUACAUAGACCUCUUCAUCGCUUACUCUCUCAAUUCUCUAACAAAUAUGGCCCUCUCAUGUUUCUUCAGCUAGGCGUUCACCCAGCACUCGUCAUCUCCUCAGCAGAAAUGGCUAAGAAGUUCAUCAAAAACCAUGACCAAGAUUUCUGUAGCCGGCCAACUGUUUCUUUCUUCAAUAAACUAAGUUAUGGAGGCGCUGACAUAGCCUUCGCACCUUAUGGGGAGCAAUGGAGAGAGCUACGUAAGAUUUGCUCCCACGAGAUUUUCAGCCUUAAGAAAGUCUCUUCCUUCCGAACCUUAAGAGAAGAAGAGAUUGAACACAUUAUUUCCUCCAUAUCUGACUUAGCUGAAGCAAACAUUCCUGUUAAUCUUACUGAUAUUAUUAUUUCUCUUGGUUCUAAUAUGAUGACUAGAAUAGCUUUGGGUAGAAGUUAUCACAACAAUGGGAAUAAGCUGCAUGAGAUUUUACAGGAAAUGCACAGUAUAUCGAGAUGCUUUUUUGUUGCUGAUUUUUUCCCACGAUUUGGUUGGAUUGAUGUGGUUAGUGGAUUGGAUGCGAGAGUUGACAAGUUUAUGAAAAAAAUGGACGAUAUAUUUGAAGAAUUUAUUAGCGAGCAUUUGGAUCCA